AUGGAAGGAUAUAUAUAUAUAUAUAAGCGCAUCUUUCGAGUCUGUCAGCCAACCACCGUAACGGCUGCUGCCCCUGUGGCCAUUCCUUAUCUCUGCCGCGCUACGCAAUGCUGCGACGCCUACCGUUACGAGCUCUCGCUCUCGCUCUCGCUCUCGCUCUCGCUCACCGUCUUCCAACCACACCCAUUUCCGCUUCCAGUACUGCUUAUUUUCAUCGUCAAUGUUCCCUUUUUUCGUCCUCUUCUACCUUCCAGAUCCCUGACAGUAAUGUCAUUCAGCGCUUGGGGCAUGAAGAAGACGUUGUCAAUCCACCCUUCGCUUCUGAACCAUCCACCACAGCAUCUAUCGAUCGCUCUGGAUUGUGUAACCCGCCUGAGCACUCUCACGAGCCUUCUUAGGACUCUGAGCUUGUCAAGCAUCUCAAAGGCAUUAUCAAGUAUCGUGGAGGACCAAUUUCAGUAGCCGAGUAUAUGGAAGAGGUUUUGACAAAUCCUAAAGCUGGAUUUUAUAUUUUGGGGCGGAAGGUGAUUUUAUAAUAUCUCCUGAAGUGAACCAAAUGUUUGGCGAGGUAAUUCACCAGGAUUUUUGGGUUCUCAAUGUCAAAUUUCCUCUUCCAUCAUCUGUGACUAUUGCAUAGUCACACACAAUGAAAUACAUAUAUAUAAAUCUUUAAUUCUUGGAGGUUCCCUGUUGCAUACGAAUGUUUCUCUAUACUGCUUGCCAAUGUUAGAUGGUUGGUGUCUGGGCCAUGCACCUUUGGGAGCAAAUGGGACGACCAGACAAGGUAAAAUUGGUAAAAUUGGUAAAAUUGGGUCCAGGAAGAGGACCUCUGAUGGCUGAUCUGCUACGUGUAAGGAUUACUGGCGUUUAGUAGGUGAAGACAAGGCACCCUUCUGGGAAGGGCCUGACGAAGACGCACCCAUAGGAAUGGGCACGCGGUACAUGGCCAUGGCCAUUGUAAACAAGAAGCACAGUGUUCCAGUGCCAUUUCUAUGAAAGCUGAUUGAAGUAUUUAUCAUGAACCAAUUUCAAUGUACCUUGUAUAGAAUAUCAUUUCCUUAGAAAGGAAACAACCCAAUAUAUAGUCGAUCAAUUUUCUGCAGUGGGUUUAAUUAUGUUCGUUUUGUAAAAUGUUGGACAAAC